AGUACGUGGCAAUCACACAGCAUCAAUGCGCUCGCUGCGCUAUCACUGGUCAGAGAGCUUUCCUGCAACCACAGACUAGCCAAAUAGGUUCAGAACCGGUGCCCUUGUGCUCAAUAUAACAUCGGUCCUGGGUUAUUUUUGUGACAGGACAACAAAUUAUCGUUAUAAAUUGACUUAACUCUACCGUACAAAGUCCAAAAAUGUUCACUUUGUCGGAGCUCGUUGUGCUUCUGGCCGUCUUGUCGUCCACUGCGUCGGGGUAUUUCGUUAGCAUAGACGCCCAUGCAGAAGAGUGCUUCUACGAGCGGGUCAACUCCGGAACCAAAAUGGGUCUUAUGUUUGAAGUGGCUGAAGGGGGUUUUCUGGACAUUGAUGUUGAGAUAACUGGUCCUGACGGUAAACAGAUUUACAAAGGAGACCGUGAGUCCAGCGGAAAGUACUCCGUUGCUGCACAUAUGGAUGGUAUCUAUAAGUUCUGCUUCAGCAACAAGAUGUCCACUAUGACACCCAAGAUCGUCAUGUUCACCAUCGACAUCGGCGAGGCGCCCAAAGGACAAGACAUGGAAACGGAAGGUGGUGACAGCUGGGACGCCCACCAAAACAAGCUGGAGGAGAUGAUCAACGAGCUGGCUGUGGCCAUGACGGCUGUGAAACACGAGCAGGAGUACAUGGAGGUCCGGGAGAGGAUACACAGAGCCAUCAACGACAACACAAAUAGCAGAGUGGUGCUGUGGUCCUUCUUCGAAGCUCUCGUGCUCGUUGCCAUGACCCUCGGACAGAUUUACUACCUGAAGAGGUUCUUUGAGGUCCGGCGAGUGGUGUAACGUGUUAAGCGUCCCCCCCCCUCCUCCUUCUGUGUGCGCUACUGUUCUCUUCACCUCCAAGAUGGUUACUUUCUCUUUAGAAAGGAGACAAGGUGACGGCCCCAAUGCACCACGGCGUAAUGGAGUUUUGUUUUCCUUUUCCGCUGGUUUAUUCCAUAUUUACUAAUGUGGUUGUAUAACAAUUGUAUUCAUUUUGAACUCAAAAACAUUCUUCCCCGCCCCACCUCAGCCGUGUCAUUAACAACCCCUUCACCCGCCACCAUUUCUUUUACUGAGUAGUUGUUGCUUAUGAAGAUGAAUGACCGUUUGGUUCAGAAAUUUAAAGUAAUGGGUGAAAAUGGAUGGGAAUUUAACUUAUAAUGCGCACUGAUGGACAGCCAUGUCAGGGGUCAUCGUCGGACCGGUUACCGGAGCCUCUUCUGGACGAUGACCAUUGCAAACAGGAUAAAAAUGAAUGCACCAUUUAAAAGGCUUGAAACGCAAGGGACAUUAAUCAAGGGUCCCCAUAUAAGUGUGUAAAUGUACAUAGAAAGGCUUCUAGUGAAAGACCCAGUCAAUAGCAAGCCAUGCUAGAUAUCGCUGGUUUCACUUUAUUAUUUUGUCAGCACGGCUAAACAGUUUAACACCCUUAUGCUCAAACGUAUGAUUUCGCCUAUAAUUGCCCCUGGAAGUUUACCAAUUUCAGAACGUUCACAAAAUGUAUCAGCUUCACAUCAAGCCACUUCAAAGUUCUUGGAAAAUAAAUAAUUAGACUUCGUAGUUCUUGAGUUGAAACUGCACUACUUUGGGUGUUAUCUCAAAGCCAAGAAUACCUGAUAUGUUACAAAGUAAUCAAUGCUAGGUGCUGGGUAGGCUAUAACCGGAUAAUUGUAGGUUCUGCUUUAGUUGCUUCUCCUUUUUUAAACUAAAAGUAAUUCGGUUUGGGUGGGGGAUUUUAAGUUAUGAAAUUAUGGGCAGUUUUGGAAGGUAUUUUUUUCUUUCUGUUCCUGGAGUGCAACCAUUGUGGUGCAACAUUACCUCUGAAGGAUGCAUUAGAAUUGCAUUAUUUUCACAAUUGACAAAAUUGUAUCCAAGGCAUUUCUAAUACCACCUUUUGCACCAUCGUGAAUGUUGUCGUUUUUGAAUAUGCCUCGAUUUUGUACAUCACUUUUUCUGGUGGGUUUGAGCAGGCUUGAAUGCUUUAAUGCUCUGUACUCCUACUCCUCCCAUUAUGUGAUUUACAUAAAAGAAAAGGUAAUUGAUCGAUCUGUACAAAUGUAGAAUGUUUGUCCGUGGAGAAAAAAAAUGGCCCCGAUUUUGUAAUAAAUUCAAAAUUCUGUAAAAUCCUUUCUUUUUGGUUUGUUUAAAAAUGAAAUAAAAAUGGUUUUAAUUAA